AUGUGUUUCACCACCACUUCCACCAUGUGCGCCAAGCGCACCUUCUCCUCCAUCUCGGACGAAGAUUCUACUUACCAGGCAGCUCCCAAGCGCAUCUGCCUUCCCACCCACAAAGUCACCCACGUCGGUCCUCUGCACCUCAACUCCCCACCCAAGUUUGCACCCAUGCGCCCCCUUCCCUCCAUCUGGCCAUGGAACUUGGACACUGACCUCGACGCAGACGCACCCCUCCCGCCUCCGCUCUCCAUCGCGUCCCGCAUCCCGGCCUUCCACAUCCACGGCUCUUCCCACUGCGGCAACCAUGCCCACGAGCACUCGUUCCCGUCAGGCAAGGAGACCAACAAGAACAAAAGAGUAGGUACACUCUGCUCCUUCUGCUAUGGUCCCUACAAGCAGGGUGACCUCCACCAACUUCCCUGCGGACACUUUACUUGUUUGUCGUGUCUCGAGGAGAGGGUGAGACAGAUCCCGACGUUUAUGGUUGCUAACGCUGGGCUGAUUAACCAGACCAUCGCCAAGAUGCGCGAGAUCAUGGAUUAUCUCGGUACCAUGACUGAGACUGCUGGUCUGGCUUCGACUGUCAGGCAGUACUGGGUCGAUGAGUUUGGCUUUCUUCGCCAAGAGCUGGCGAUCCUGACCAAUAUGUCUUGCUCCUAUUGUCAGGUGCAUAUCCAGCCGUCCCGGUUUAUGACUUGUUUGUCGCCGGAGAUGUCCAGGAUUUUGUGGUUGACGGAGGAGUGGCUGGCCGAUGCGCAGCCGGAGAAUAGGAGGGCGUGUGGAUGGCCGGAUUGUAGGGCGUAUGUGCCCAGUUGGUGCCACUACCUCUUUAUUGGGAAGAAGGAGGUGAGUAAGGCGGUCGAUGCGGAGGGGAGGAGGUGGUGGUGUCCGAGUUGCAAGGGCAAUUGCUUCGAGACGGAGGAGGGGUUGAACCCGGGGAGGUAA